AAACGUAUAAAACUACUGCUUUCGUGUGUAUUUGUGUACCCGUAUUCUACGCAUCGACACCGAAGGCAUUACUGCCUAGUGCAUCAAUUAGAAGGUGUCAGAACAUUCGCAUCGAAACCAUCGGAAUCCGGUCUCGCAAACUCACGUUCUUUCUAACCAGCUACUAGCAGCACAUAACAUUGGAGAGUAAAAAAAUUGAAAUAAUAUGCAACCCUUUUGCACACGCUAGUACUGUCUGCUCAGCGUUGUGCUACGGUGCGGCCUCGUUGCAGUCAAUCAGUCGCGUUCAUAGUCUAUGUGUGCUUGUGUGUCUAGCAAAAACCGCGUUUUAAAUCACGUUUUCUGACAUUGUGCAUCGUGACCAGACGGAGACGCGCGUCACUAUGAACCACCGUCACUGGUGGAGGGCUAUAUAACCAGCAACCGGUAAUUGAUGAGAGGCGAGUGCAGCGUGUGUGAAACCUUAUCAGAGCCCAUCGACGCAUCAAAGAGACGUGUUCGUUCCAAGUGAUAAAACGGAUCCAAUGGAUACAUCAUCCUGCUAUCAACACUCAGAACCCUGUUUCCGUAGUGUCAUCUCCAUUACACGAACCAAUAAUCUAUUGAAACAUACCUAAAGAAAUCGUGGAAAGAACUACUAGCGAAAAAAUAUUAGAAGAUUUUUAGUCUUUUAUCUACCUAUCUCUCUUUAUCCAUGCGUAGCAGAGGAUAAUCUGUUUUGGUUCCUUUUUUUUAUCAAAUUCCCAUGUUCUUUUGAACAGUGUAUAAAAUUGCAAAUUUCUCUGAAAACCACAUUCGCCAUCACUUCACUAUUGAUCGGAGUUUCUGGGUUUCUGGUCCCACCUGCGUUCGAAACAUGGAAUGGCUGCUAGCGAAUCCGCAGAUAAACAGUACGUUUGGUUCGCUUGGCACCUUCGUGGACGAUGCAUUCCACGUUAGGGAGGACUGUCUGGACACGCUGGAGGAAAUCAUCUGCAAGCUGGCCGUGGAGGAUGCGACCCUGCGUACAUUCCGCCGGGCGAUUGGAUUUGGCCAGAAUGUUAAGAACGAUAUAGUACCGCUGUUGGUAAAUGCAAAGGAUGCGAAGAUCAUCGACACAACGAUCAGGUUGCUGGUCAACCUGACCGUACCUGUCGAGUGUUUGCUACCUGUCGAUCUCGUAUCCAAGUCUGAGAUCGGGCGCCACACGAUCUUCGAGCUAAACAAGCUACUGAUCACCAGCAAAGAAGCGUUCGUCGAAUGGAAGACCACCAAAGCAGUGAUCGACCAUAUGAAGGGUAUCCUCGAGCGAGACUCCAAACUAUCGAUUCAGCAGUGCGAUAGCGUCAACAACUGCUUGCUGUUGUUGCGUAACAUUUUGCAUGUGCCAGAGAUGGGCACGGGCGCGGGUUCACACGCCGGCAGCUACCCAACGGCCGGUCACAACACUUCGUUCCAGAACCAGAUCAUCUGGAACCUGUUUACCCAGAGCGUCGACAAGCUGCUCAUCUACUUAAUGUCGUGUACGCAGCGUGCAUACUGGGGCGUCACAAUGGCCCAACUGGUUGCGCUAAUGUACAAGGAUCAGCACAUUAGCACACUGCAGAAGCUACUGAAUUUGUGGUUCGAGUCGACGCUCUCGGAAAGCUCCGAAGACAACGAAAGCAACACAUCACCCCCGAAACAAUGCAGCGGUGACUCCAGCCCGAUGCUCACGUCAGAUCCGACCUCCGACUCGUCCGACAAUGGUGAAUGUUUCAGCAAGACCCAACACCACUAUCAUCGUAGCACCCAAGCGGCUGGGGACUCACGAAACGCUAUUUGCAUUUUAGGCAGCGGCAACAUGCCCACGUCGAUGAGCAAGGACUCAAUGAGCUUACAGUCCGAGACGUCCCAGACGACACGCAUGGUUGGCGACUACCCGACGCAGAUCAUCUUUUCGCGCGCGAUCAAAUCCCAUCAGAUGUACCAUCAGACGCUGAAGGAUCAAGGGUGUGUGCUGGUGACGGGAAAUAAACCCUCUGGCAUGGGGCUUCAGCAACAAUCUUCAUCACAGCAGCAGCAACAAUCACCACAACAGCAUCAGCAGCUACACCAUCACCAACAGCAAUGUGACCACCACCAGCAGCGGACCAUUAACAGUGCUACAGACGCACAGGAAACCAAAAAGUCCAAAAGUGCCGCAAAGGGUUCGUUGGAAUCGUUGGUCGCCCCCGUUGGUCCCACCUUUUCCAAGCAGCAACCAGCUAGCAGCGGCCCCAAGGAAACCGCACCCGCCAUGGCAGCAGACACGGCGCCAACAACCAUAACGACGACAGCUACUUCCACCACGACGACAUCAACCGCUUCAGCAUCCCCGAUGAAUCAGCAGAAGCAAAGCCAGGUGUCCUUGUCGGAGAAUUCCGACUGCGGUUACGGAACACAGGUCGAGAAGGAAUCCAUUUCGACCUCGAGUAACGAGGACGACACACCUCAGCAGAAGCCAGUGCACCAGAAGCCACCGUCAAAUCAAAAGCAACGCUUUAACGCCGCCAACAAGCAACGUAAUCCUGUUUCCGUGCAAGAGAAGAAGGAACUUCGGCGCAAGAAGCUGGUAAAGCGUGGCAAGAGCAAUAUAAUCAACAUGAAGGGUUUAAUGCAUCAUGUACCGACCGACGACGACAUCUCGCACAUACUCAAGGAGUUCACGGUCGACUUUCUGCUUAAAGGCUACGGAUAUCUAGUGCAGGAGCUGCACACACAGCUUUUAUCGGACCUGCAAGUGCAAAUCGAUACGUCACACUUUUUCUGGUUGGUGACUUACUUCCUGAAGUUUGCGACGCAACUCGAGUUGGACCUGGAACACAUCAACAGUGUGCUAUCGUUCGACAUCAUCAGCUACCUUACGUAUGAGGGUGUGAUGCUAUGUGAACAGCUGGAACAGCUAAGCCGGGCAGCCGAGACGGACAUCAAGCCGUGCUUAAGGAGAAUCCAUUUAGUUGUAACGGCAAUACGCGAGUUCCUGCAAGCACUCGAUACAUACAAGAAGAGUACACACCUGACGGUGGAGGACAAAGAGAAGCUGAAGAUGCUGCAACAGCAAAUCAGCAGCACAGAGGAUUUGCGUUGUUUGUUUGUUCUACUACUUCGUUGCUAUAACCCCAACAUCCAAAGCCGCCAGUAUCUGCAGGAUUUGAUUGUUACCAACCACACGCUGUUGCUGCUACUGGAUGGUGUCCGGGAGCUGCAGCAAUCCGAUGCCCUUCCGGGGGAUAUGCUCGGUCACAUUAAACAAUUCGCCACGGUUGAGAUAAUGCAUCAGUACGGGUUGCUGCUGGAGGAUUUCCGGGAAAAUGGGGCGUACGUGAACGAUUGUAUUUUCACCAUGAUGCACCAUGUUGGUGGGGACUUGGGCCAGAUUAAUGUGUUAUUUCAGCCGAAUAUCCUGAAAACCUACUCGCAAAUCUGGGAAACCGAAUACGAAUUGUGCGAUGAUUGGUCCGAUUUGAUCGAGUAUGUUAUCCACAAGUUCAUUAAUACACCGCAACCGGCUCCCUUGACACUUUCCACCACGCUGCCCGAGAUCAGUACACAGCUACUGUCCGGGAAUCUGCUCGGUAGCUGGACACAGGAAGAGAAAGAUUCCCUCCACUGGUACUAUGUGCAGUGCCGGCAGAGCAAGUGUCUGGUAGCGGACAUACUGAAACUGUUCCAAGAGAACGGUAACCAACAGAAGACCCGGUUAUCCAUCAUUGAGCAGCUACUCGAGCAGGAUAUAAUCGCGCUCGGUCAGUACGAUGAACUGAUGAAGCUCGAGAAUCCCGAGUAUGAACGAAAUGUACAGACUCCAGCCCUUUCGGUGGCUUCGCUUGAUUCAACCGGCCGUCGCGACGAUGGUGACUCCAAAUCGUCCUCCCCUAAGGCUGUUGACGAUAUCCAGGUUUUACGCGAUCGGUUGCAGAAAGAGAACCGCGGUAAGCUCGUCGCAUGGCUACAGAAAAGCCUGCUAGAUUGCUGUUUUGUCAAGCUGAACCUCCUUAGCGGCAACGAUUUCGAUGCUACGAGCGUCGUGAAUGGUGUGCUGAGCGUUUCCGUGAUGGAACCAGUCUCCUAUCACAGCAUUCUGAAAAAGAAGUCCAUUCCAGUUGUGCCCUGGAACCAGGAUCAGUUUGCUGUGCUCUCCUAUCAGCCUUUCAUAUUGCUGCUCCACAAACUCGGCUUCCAUCUGCCAGCCGACGCGAAGAAGAUGUUCGUCCGCAUACCGGAGUUCUGGACCGCCGACAUCCUAUACAACAUUGCUCUCAAGCUGGGCCCGCUGGACAAAUCGAUUCUUAAGUUCGAUCUCAAGUAUCUCAACAAAGUGCUUUCGAUGGAAAAACAAGCUAAGGCCGACUCUUGCCCACCGACCGACUCUCGGUUAGAGAACUUUGGAUUAUCAAGGUUCACGUCACAGAUUACUACAAACUGGCUCGAUGUUGUGAUGCGUAGCAAAGCAGCACAAAGUAAACGUAAGUUCGACUUGCCCGGACCGUCAAAAGUGAUUGAUGCCGCGAACGCGACACACCCGGGUGCCUCGCUGAAACCCGGCAGCAAGUCAACAUCGCAGACGAAGAUACUACACGACCUGUCGAUCAUCGUCGAGUCAAAUGAUGAUGAUGAUGAUGACGCGGUGUUGCCCGAGGAUGACGAUGGGUUGGAUAGCUCGGAGGUGCCGGUUCUCGAGGAGCACGACGUUGUAAGUGCAUGCGAGACGGCUUCCGUUGCGUCGGACUUGACGCGUAUGUACGUGAGCGAUGAAGACGACAAGCAUGACAUUGUGCCACCGAUUCUGUAGAACAAUUAUCACACCGCGAAACAUUAAGCAAUUCUAUUUUCGUUCUCUUACGCUAAUCCUGACUCCUUUGGGCGAAUUUUGCAAUUUUGUGGUUCUAGUUAAGGGAAUCCACCAAACCGACCGUUUAACUCAUUCACCAUUUCACUGUUACGUGUGGUGGAUCAACACGCACAUCUGCCAUUACCAUAAUUUGAAACAGAGGAAAAAUCCUUUACGAAAUGCCAAUCAAGUCCGGUUCAAUAUAAAUCGAUGUCGAUUAUGCUGGAGCAUAACAUGAAUAAUAGCUUUUGGUUUAAUCAAAAUUCAAAGGUACAAUUGUAAUCGCAUUGCUUGAUCAUGGAUCCAUAUAUAACUCGCUGCCCUGCUAAAUAUGAGUGGGACUAGAAGUUUACCGGUAGAAGAAUGUAUGGUAGUUUAACGUUGCCGUGUUAUUGCUCUCCAUCGGCUAUAGAAAAAAAAACCAAUAAACUGGUCAAGAUUGUAACAAAAUAGGCACCGAUUGUUAAAGAAAAUUUAAGAAAAGCAUGAAAAAAUUUUAAAAAUUUUCUUAAUGGGAAAAAGGGAAUGCAGCAUUAUCAAAAUGGUUACCACUUACUAAAAGUAAAGGUUUAUCAUGUUAUUGUUGUAGUGUGCAUCAUGCACCUUUUUAUUCUAUUCGGUUGUUGUUGCAAUAAUCAAAUAUUGCAACAAACAUCAUGUGAGCAAGAAAAUAUGAAGAGGAAGGUCACAAGGUGACCAGGAUUAAUGACAAAAUGACAUAAAAAAGACUGCAAACAAAACUGGGAACCAAUGAAAGUGCUAUUCACGACGAAUCUGAAGUGGCUCACAAGAUGAACUGAAGAUGGUAGUCCUUUCUCCAAGCGACAUUUUUUCUGGCCUAGAGACCCACUAGAACAUGAUCAUGCUAUACACAAAUCAACACGGUGUCGAGAAGGCGGUCACUGACACAGAUUGAAAGACUUUGGACCUAAAAGAAAGAGCUGUAUAGUGCAAAGAUGCUCUCGGAGUAGAAAUAGGGAAUUAAAUAUAAACUCAAUAGCUUUUACUGGUAUACGCGCCUCUAAGGUGCAACCGAGGAAGAUAUAAGGACGGUAUUGCAUGUGAAUUUAAAAAGUUGAAAUAAAAAAUAUAUGUUUUUACUUUGUCAAAACUA